UGUGGGGCGCCUCGGUCAAGCAACUGUUGCACUCAUCAAGAGGCUCGCUGCUUCCCGGUGUGUUCCUCGUCCCGAGCCGAUGGCUCGAGGGACGACGGAGCGUUUCAGUAGUAAACACCAGUUGGCGUAAGACAGUGUCGGAUGGCUGUCAUCGUCCUGCGGUCGCUACUACGAUACGUGAUGUAUGUACAAUCAGACGGUGGUGUGCGUACGCUAGCCGCGUGUGUAUCAAUGUUCGUUUCUUAAAAGACUUGCACGGGUAUUCGUGCAUACAAACGUGCAUGCGUGCAUGCGUGCGUGCGUACGGAAGCUUAUUUGCCCUCGUGCUUUGAAGUAGUCGUGACGACGCGUUGUUAUAUACUUACUUGUGGUAUUGCCCACUACGUUUAUCGAAAGUGUACACCGUUAUUACUUUUACAUAUUCAAUUCAACGUUACACCUGUUCUCUCUGGUCCUGGUGUCGUUCACCGAGGUGUCUGGUUACCUCAACGUCACAACUUUCUGUCUAUCAAACGCUUUAUCUCCGAGGACACGCAACAACAAUCGUAGCCGAACUCGGGGAUGCUGCGUGUUCCUGGUAUGGAGUUUGCACGCAAAAGGAAUGAAUUUCGAGCUUAAGAAGCGGUCGGAAAAUUCUCUGGCUAGACGCCAGGGACCUUCUGCCACUGGCGUGCACAGUUCGCCAGUUUAACAAACUACCACCCGUCUGCCACCCCUUCUGCUCGUCCUCGCAAAUCCAUAGUCGGGGAACGACUUUUCCGGUGUCAAAGUUCAGAAGGUUAUGGAAGAAAUACCAGAACCAGGGACACCGGGAGAACAUUGGGGGAAAAAAGCGUUUUUCGAGCGUCCGGAUUGCAACGUGCAACUGGUAGUAGCCUCGUUAACGAAGAAUCCGUUGGUGAAAAACAAAGCGACAAAUUGAUGCAAAGUGGAUGUUGAGGUGAAGGAAUAGUGAGCGUGGUUAACAGGUGGAAAAGAGUCGAAGUUCGCGAAAUAGCACCACGCGUCACGCAGGGGUGGUGGGUCUAUGGGGGGCUCCGCCCCAGCGGCCCCCCGGCGCCAGUCCAAACGGAAACUGCCGGAACGGUGCUAUCCUGGCAAGGUCCAAGACCGCCCCGCUUCCGGUACCACCGUCAAAACGGAUGAAGAGCCCCUCCAACAUCAUGAGGCAGUCUAGCCUCACCAAGCUUGGCUCCAUGAUCAAUACCGCCGUGAACAAGAGAGUCGGCAAUGGUGACAUACAGUGGUGUUUCUCUCAGGUGAAAGGAACAUUAGAAGACGAUGUCACUGAAGCUGAUAUAAUUUCAUGUGUUGAAUUUAACCAUGAUGGUGAUCUUCUUGCAACAGGAGAUAAAGGUGGUCGGGUUGUUAUUUUUCAAAGAGACCCAGUUAGUAAAAACAGUAUACCUCGGAGAGGUGAAUACAAUGUAUACAGCACCUUUCAAAGUCAUGAACCUGAAUUUGAUUACCUGAAAUCAUUAGAAAUAGAAGAAAAAAUUAACAAAAUUAGAUGGUUAAAAAGAAAAAAUCCAGCACAUUUUUUACUUUCCACAAAUGAUAAAACAAUUAAAUUGUGGAAAGUCAGUGAACGAGAUAAAAGAGUAGAAGGCUAUAAUACAAAAGAAGAAAAUGGUACAAUUCGUGAUCCUGCUUGUAUCACUUCUUUAAGGGUUCCAACUAUAAAGCCAAUGGAAUUAAUGGUAGAAGCAUCUCCAAGAAGAAUAUUUGCCAAUGCGCACACCUAUCAUAUAAACAGUAUAAGUGUCAACAGUGAUCAAGAGACAUACCUCAGUGCUGAUGAUCUUAGAAUUAAUCUUUGGCACCUUGAGAUCACAGACCAGAGUUUUAAUAUAGUAGAUAUUAAGCCAACUAAUAUGGAGGAGCUAACUGAAGUAAUAACCGCUGCGGAAUUUCACCCGGCAGAAUGUAAUGUCUUGGUAUAUAGUAGCAGUAAAGGAACAAUUAGACUUUGUGACAUGAGAUCUGCUGCGCUUUGCGACCAACAUAGUAAGCUCUUUGAAGAACCAGAAGAUCCAACAAAUAGAAGUUUCUUCUCUGAAAUCAUUUCCAGUAUAAGCGAUGUAAAACUUAGUAAUUCAGGAAGAUAUAUGAUCAGUAGAGACUACCUCAGUGUGAAAGUGUGGGAUUUACAAAUGGAAACAAGACCUAUUGAAUGUUACCCUGUACACGAAUACCUAAGAUCAAAGUUAUGUUCAUUAUAUGAAAAUGAUUGUAUCUUUGACAAAUUCGAGUGUUGUUGGAGUGGUAAUGAUUCUGCUAUUAUGACGGGUUCAUACAAUAAUUUCUUCAGAGUAUUCGAUCGUACGACUAAACGUGAUCUCACAUUGGAAGCAGCACGUGACAUUGCCAAACCAAAAACACUUUUAAAGCCACGUAAGGUUUGUACUGGCGGUAAACGUAAAAAAGAUGAAAUUAGCGUUGACUGUCUUGAUUUCAAUAAAAAAAUAUUACAUACUGCUUGGCAUCCAUCUGAAAAUGUAGUAGCUGUUGCUGCUACAAAUAAUCUCUUCCUAUUUCAAGACAAACUCUAGCACAUCUGUAUGCAAAUCAUUCAACGGUAUAUGUUGACGUGAGCAAGGCACGUUCAACUAAAAAAGUCCCAGUGGAUCAAGGGGUGUCUGAAUUACACUGACGAAAGUUGACUAUUUUAAUAGUUGACUGACUGAAAAGUGGUGUACGUAGCGCCGUCCACACAGCUCACAUAUUCAUACACACUAUGUAUACACAGAGACAUACAGAAUUGCACAUAACACCUUGUCGCGCGUAUAUAUGUGUAUAAAUACAUGCAAGCAAAGACGCAUAGUUCUCCAAACUAUUAAAUUCCGCUAGUUAAAAUAAAAUGCACGGAAUCAUUGCCUAUUGAUGAAAAGAAAUGUACAGUUUAAUCAAUCAAUAGACUCGUGUUGGCGGUUAUUAUUUAACUAUUUUAAUAGAAGAUUAAUACUUUCAGUUUGCUUGUAUCAUAGAAAUUUUGAUACCAUACAACUUAAAGUGUUUUUUAAUAUAGGUGAUUUUUCUACGUAUGGAAUAAUAUAUGUAAAAGGAAAUGCAUCAGUAGGACCAAGUGCAUAGAAUUAAAAGUUACUAGAUGCGAUAAAUAUAUCCUCGUAAUUAUAUAUCUUUGCUUAAUAAUUUUCCAAAUGCCUAGAUAUGCAAAAUUAAAUAUAGGGAUGAUUAUAUGUGCCAAUAAGAUUAACAGAUCUACAGCUCAUUUAUUCUAAUUCAAUAUUCUUUGUUCAAUAAGUUUUUGCGCAGUAAAAUUUUAAUUACUUCAAAAUAAA